AUGAAUGUCCUUCGCUCAUUAUACGAAUCCUAUAAGAAUAAUGCCAAUGAAUCCAUUAAUACAAUACAGGAAGAACCUGAAGACAUUACUAUCAUCAUUCACGUGGGCGAUACUGAAGAAGGACAUGACUCUGGAAACAUUAUGCCCAAUAUGAGUCUCUCGGAAGUGCGCAAUCUUCUCAAACAUAAUAAACAAAUUUGUAUGGGUGAUAAUAUGAAAUUUCUCAAAAUCAAAAACAACAUUCAGUUACAAAUUAGUUCCGACGAAGAAGAAUGUAAAGUAGUAUCCAAAAUUCUUGAUAAAAAUAAUUGUAUUCAUAUCCUCAAAGACCCAACAAAACCAAGUUUUUUCCAAUUCAUAAAUAAACAUCAUCUUAUGCGUGGGCGUUAUUUUACAUCUGACAGUAUGGAGGUGAAAAUUGCACAACAGGAUGCAUUUAAGUUCAAACAAAAUUGUAAAAUUUUUUCUGAAUUAGAAGUUUCGAAUAAUAAACACACUCUUUAUUCAGAAACAUGUAAAGAAGAAAUUGAACAAAUAUUCGUGAGGCAUCUUAUUUCAAAAGCUAAUGCAUCAGUUCCUUUGGCGCCUUAUUCAUUUAAGUUUGGUGUUAAUUUUGAAAAUUUCCGCAAUAAGAAGCAGCAGGUGUCAGAUUCCUAUGAAUUUAAAGGUGUUAAGUGUGUGAAAUGUAAUAUAACUAUCUUUCGUGAUCAAAUUGAACCAACUGAUGAGUUCAAAGAUGCCAUAAGUAAAGCCUUAGAACAGGAAACUGACGAAUUAAGAUUGGAUGAAAUUAAUAAAUUGUCCGAGAAGUUUGGAGAUUUUUUUCCCUUGGAAACUGAUUUUGGCGGUAUUAUUCAAUUUCAAACUGACUAUAGUAGCAAGACUUCUAUUAAUUCUAAGAGAAGACAAUUUGAAUCAAACAUCCAAGGAUCCUCUCUAACUUAUAAUUCUGAAAGCAAUUUAUCGACAUCCAAAUAUUAUACUAAUAAAAACUAUGUCAUUAUUGGUGGUGAUACACAUGAAUGCAAGGAUAUAAAUAUCGAAGAUAUCGGAAAUCAAAAAGAUUGGUUGAAAUCAUUAAGCGAUUAUAACAAGUGGGGACUUAUCAAUUAUUCAAAAAUAGUAUCCGUAUAUGAAUUGUUGGAUGAUGAAUUACGAAUGAAAUUUCUUAGAAUCUUUGGACAGAAGGUGCUUUAUUAUAAAACUAUUGAAGUAGAUUUUAAUGAGAAAAAUAUUACAGAGCCCCAAAAAAGGCCAAUCACUAUUCCCACUGAUAUACUUAGAAAUAUGAAGGAAAAUAAACAGGAUUAUCAAAUAUAUGCAACAGUUUUACAUAAUGUAGAUGAGGUUUUUUCUGUUCAUAUAGAAUAUUUUUCUCCAACUAAUCCAUAUUUAGUUAUACUAUGUGUCAAAGAAAAAAAGUCGUCGAAGAUUUUAUCUUUUAACAAGAAAUACAAAAUAACAGUCGCAUGGAUGAUUGUUGGGUUUCACUUAAAUUUUAACUUUAAACACUCCUUAUUUAAAUUAAAAAGUUAUACUUUAACAAAUCCAAUGCAAAAAUUUUAUAAUGAUCCUGAGCUUAAUGAUUCCAAUGAAUAUACUGAUGAAAGCUUUUCCGAGAUAUUUAAAUCGCAUAAUAGUAGAACUUAUUGUCUUCUUGGAACUUGUGUUUUUCGUCAUCAAGAUGACGAAAAUGAGGAAAUUGCUACUAGAAUCGUCGCUGGAUGUCACUUUUGCAAAAAUGAUAAUCGAAGCUGGAAACCAUGCUUUUAUGCGUUUGAUCUAGUAAUAGAUAUCUGUCAAAAAAACAAAUUAGAAAUCCAUUGUGGCAUUAUUACUGAAAAUUCUCAUACGUUAAUUGGGCCUGAAGAAGUGAAGUGGGAUGAGUGCAAGAAUAGGAACAGUCAUACAAUAUAUAAAGGCAAAGAAUGGGAAAAAUCCGCUAAAGAAGGUGAACAAGAACUAAUAUUUGCCAGUCUUUUAUAUGAGAAACACAAUUGUGAACAAUGUUCACCUGUGUUUAUAAAUGUUAAUCCUAAACAUCCUAUAAUGCUCUCAUUUAAAAAACAAGAUAUGAAAGGUCAAAUUUCUUAUCUUGUUGCUGAUUUUUUUUAA